GAUUCCAUUCCACUUCUUCUGCUUUUUUUCUUCUCGUUUUUCUAGGGUUUUUGUCCGGAGUUUUUUAGGGUUUCCGAGGGCGAUCGGGUUAGCAGUUGGAGUUAAUCGCCGCUCUUUGUUGUGAGUAAAAGGAUCAUCAAACAAUCACAAUGAAAGCAGUCAUUCUUGUUGGAGGUUUUGGGACAAGGUUGAGACCUUUGACACUUAGUAUACCAAAACCACUUGUCGAAUUCGCUAACAAGCCGAUGAUUUUGCAUCAGAUUGAAGCUCUCAAAGCUGUUGGAGUGAAGGAAGUUAUCUUAGCUAUCAAUUACAGGCCUCAGGUGAUGAUGAGUUUCUUAGAAGAGUAUGAAUCAAAGCUCGGGAUCAAAAUCACAUGCUCACAAGAGACGGAACCGUUGGGUACUGCAGGGCCGUUGGCUCUUGCAAAGGAGAACUUGACUCAGGAUAACGACGAACCGAUCUUUGUCCUCAACAGCGACAUUAUAUGCGAGUACCCUCUCAAAGAAAUGCUUGAAUUUCACAAUGUUCAUGGGGGAGAAGCAUCAAUCAUGGUCACCAAGGUUGCGGAACCUUCGAAAUACGGGGUUGUGGUCAUGGAUGAGGAUACGGGCAAGGUGAAGAAAUUCGUCGAGAAACCUGUGACUUUUGUUGGUAACAAGAUCAAUGCAGGGAUUUACUUAUUGAACACCUCUGUUGUUGACCGGAUUCCGCUUCAACCUACGUCCAUAGAAAGACAAGUUUUCCCGGCCAUCGCCGAGGAAGGGCUUCUAUACGCAAUGGAAUCAAAAGGUUUCUGGAUGGAUGUUGGGCAGCCGAAGGAUUAUCUUGCAGGUCUUAGGCUCUACUUAGAACACUUGAGGAGGAAUUUCGCAAAUUCUCUCGUUGCAGGGCCUAACAUUAUAGGAAAUGUUUUGAUUGAUGAGAGCGCGAAGAUUGGGGAAGGAUGUUUGAUAGGCCCUGAUGUUUCUGUUGGUCCUGGUUGUGUGAUUGAAUGUGGAGUGAGGCUCUCUUCAUGUACAUUGAUGAAAGGGGUGAGAGUGAAGAGCUCGGCUUAUGUCUCCGGGAGCAUUAUCGGCGGGCAUUCAACGAUCGGGCAAUCGGUACAUAUUAGUAGUAUGGCAGUUCUAGGAGAAGAUGUUCAUGUAAAUGAUACAAUGUUCCUUAAUGGUGUGGUGGUUUUGCCUCACAAAGAGAUCAAGACACAUUUUGUGAAGCCAGAGAUAGUAAUGUGAAGGAGAAUGGAAUGAACUUUGUA